AACGCUAAUGAGUUCCAAAAUGGUGGCUUAUGGUGUCUCGCGAGCGUUACGUUCGGCGGCUUUUCCAGUCAAGGGUUUUAGCACUUAAAUCCUGAACAGGCUGCCAAACUUGUCGUAGAAGGGCAGAGAUCGUUCCUUAGCGGUCGCCUUCACCUGAGAAAUGAUUAAACUCGUAGCCGACCGCACGGAAGAGUCGCAUUCAGAUGAUAAAAAUAUUGGCAAAGUGGAACGGCCAGAGGACAGAGCGUCCACGCCAACCCAAGUGGACAGCAAAAGUGUGACAAGUGACGCCGCAGCGUCGAAGCCUGUGAAAGAACAGCAGGAACCGUGCUUCCACCGUAGUGCCCUGCUGCUUGCACACCGUGGAGGAGUUCAUGGCAGGCCACGAAGCCUUGCACUUCCGAGAGAGCUGGCCAUCAAUGUUGUGGCCAAAAACCCUCAGCAGCUGGGCACUCCUGGAAGCAGCAAGAGGGCGGGUCCUUCGAGGGCUUCCAUCUUGAAGCAGAAUCCGGCUCCCCUUAUCGUGGAUGAGAUAGAUGCUGCAGAGGAAACUGUGACAACGAGCUUCCCAAAUAAGGCUACAGGGAGCAGCAGGUCGGGACCUCAGAUGUGUCCUGUGUGCAAAAAAAUAAUCAGCAGUGCCAGCAACUUGAGGCAGCACUACACCAUAUGCCACACGUCCUCCGAACGGCCCUUCCCAUGUGACAUGUGUCAGAAGCGCUUCAACACUGAGAGCAACCUGAGGCAGCACCGGCGAACACACACGGGUGAGCGCCCCUUCCCAUGCCCACAUUGUGACCGUUCUUUUGGCACAUCUACAAACUUGAGGCAGCACGAAAGAACUCAUACAGGUGAACGGCCUUUUGCCUGCUCCGAGUGCCCUCGUGCCUUCCAGACUUCCAGUAAUCUCCGGCAACACCUGCGGAUACACACCGGUGAACGACCUUUCCCAUGUCCCGAGUGUGGCAAGCGUUUUGGGUCAUCAGCAAACCUGAGGCAGCAUCGCAAGACGCAUGAUAAUCACCGGUUGGAACAGAACAGGCACGACCUCCUCGUGAAGAUGUCUGCAUGUGACCAGACUUCAAAGAAGGGCAGUGAGGAGGACCCUGCAGAAAGUGAAGACGAAGCACCUCGGCCAGACACGGUCAUCCUGGUGGAGAUGGAUGAGAGGGACGAGUCCCCUAAUGGCACUGAGAUGAUUGUGGGCUACCAAAGUGUAGCCGAUGGAACUGGUGAGCCUGGAUGGGCCCGCCUCCGCAGGUAUCAACCCGCAGGUCCGGGAUCGCAAACUGCAAGAUGUAUCGAUGACUACCUACGUAAACAUGCAGCUCCACUAGAAGGAUCCCCCUACAGUCGUCUCACCACUGUCAGAGUGCCCUGGAGCAUGUCUGGCCAGCCAAGCCCACAGACCCUGCUGGCUCAGAUAUCGGCCAGUGUGCUAGUCAAGAAUGAAGGCCAAGAUGAUGGUGAAAUUCUGGUUCAUGAAGUGGCGCCUGAUGAUGUGAUUUCCGGUGAAGUGGUACCUGAUGAGGCCCUUGAAGUGGCUGCAGAGGUGAUGGAAGCCGCAUCAAGUGAGCUGGAAGCAACCGAUGCUGUCGAGACCAUCUUGGUGCCCGACGAGGACAUGGAGGAAGUUGAGUUUCAUGGCACGGUGGUGCAGGCGGUCGAAGAAGUGCAGCAGGACAUCACAGCGGCAGAGGUGAUGGCUUCUGCAGGAGUGACUGUGGACGACACCACCGUCCUUUGUAAGGUGGAGCCCUGUGAGAAGAGCAGCGAGAUCUGGGUGCUUGGUGACAUCAUAACAGUGGAUGAGCAGGCACACUGCAUCCUGGCCGAGCACGUUGCAGCCGGUGCCAGCAGCACGGACACUGAGGCCCUGCUGGGGGGCCCCAAGCAUGCCUGCGUCGACUGUGGCAAGGAGUUCACGACCGUGUUCCACCUCCGCCGGCACCGGCGCAUUCACACUGGUGAGCGGCCCUACCCGUGCAAGGUGUGUGGGCAGUGCUUCCGGCACAGCACCUCGCUCAAGGUGCACAUGCGCCGGCACACUGGGGAGGAGCCCUUCCAGUGCACUGUCUGCUCGAAGACCUUCAAGGAUCCAGCCAACUUCAAGGUGCACCAAAACUCCCACUCCAAGGAGCGGCCCUAUGCCUGCCGUGUCUGUGAGAAGCGGUUCAACGCGGCCUCUACAUUGUAUGCUCACAUGAAGAUCCACACGGGAGAGCGGCCCUACACGUGCACCAUCUGCAACCGCUCCUUCACGUUCAACAACACACUGGUGCGGCACAUUCGCACCCACACGGGCGAAAAGCCAUACAAAUGUGAACUUUGCCCACUGCGCUUUUCCACUGCUUCCAACUUGUCUUCGCAUCGUAAGAAGCACUCGCAGGAGCGACAGUUUCACUGCGAGAUCUGCCCGCAGGAGUUCUCUACAGCAACGGCGCUGGCCUCCCACGUCAAGACCCACACGGGUGAGCAUGCACACCAGUGUGAGGUGUGCUCCCGGGGAUUUGCCAAGUUUGCCGGCCUGCAGGCGCACAUGCGCAAGCACACUGGAGAACGGGCCUUCUACUGUGCCGAGUGCGGCAAGGGGUUCACGCGCAAGCUGCACCUCAAGCAGCACGUGGCCUCGGAGCACGAGCCAGUGCGACCUGUGGCAACGUGCGAGGUGUGUCAGCGUGACUUUGUCAAUGUGGAGUCCCUCCAGGUGCACAUGAAGACACACAAUGUGUCCAGGGGGACGAGUGCAAUUGUCGUGUACAUCAACAAAAAGUGAGCCCGCCUAGCUGGCUAACAAGUGCGACUGUUAAACAUUGUAGUUCUGUUGUGCCCUCUGGGAGUGAUUGCCUUCUACGCUGAAUUGUGCAGCCUUUUUGAGAAUAAAUGUUGAAGGAGUUGCCUGCUACAGGCAUGCUCUGUUUGCAUGCACACAUUGCUUUACUGUGGCCGUUUAUGGGGCACAAUUGUGACAAGUGUAGUAGCUUAGCACACAGUGUCCGGUAGCAAAAAUGCAAUACAAGACCGGUUGGAGAAACACAGUACUGAGUGUUUAGACAACACAGACAUCAAAAAGAUUCUCUGUGGCGGAUAGCAUAGUUCUAGUCAUUGAGCUGAAUUACUCAUAUAGGCAGACAUUAUGUGCACAAGUAAUCAAAAUUCAUAUUCAACUAAUCAGAAACAUCACAAAUUGCCUUAAUUAAUUACUCAAUGUCACAUAUUGCAAUUUAGAAUUUAGCCGGUGAGUCUGUAAUAUACAUUUGGAAAAAAUUUUCAGGACAUCAGUUUUAAAGGUAUUCAAUUCCAAAGUGUGCAACAAGAUAUGUGGGUGUUCCAGUGAGUUUAGUGCUUCAAUCCAUAAGACAGUUUGUUAAAAAAACAUGUAUAUAAACCAUGUGUAUAAACGUGUUCAUGACAGGAUUAAAGGGUUCAUAAUUUGUGCUUUGUC